AUGGAAGCAAAUUCUGCUGAAGAGAAAUGGGAACAUUCUUGCUCUCAUAAAGAGGAGGAAGGAGAAGAAGAGGAGGAAGCAGAAGCAUUAUCUCUUUGCGAUUUACCAGUAAAUUUGAUCAAAGAAGAAAACCAAUCAAGUAAAGAAGCUGCUCAAGAAACUGAGGCCAGUCAAGAAGAUUUCGAUUUUGGACCCUGGGGUGGCUCUCUUUCUACAAGCUCAGAAAUGUGUGCAGCUGAUGAUAUAUUCUUUCAGGGCCAAAUUCUCCCAUUUCGACUCUCGGUUAGUUCUGAAACUGGUCUUAACAAGUUAAGGCAGGACACCAUGAACCCAAGCCGAUGCGUAUCGAGGUCAGAAUCCAUGGACCACGGUUCAAUAGGAGGGUUUACAAGUUUCAGUAGCAGAAGCAGUAGCAGUAGAAGCCAAUUCUCAUCAAGAAGCACCAGCGCAUUCAAUACCAGCAAAAUAAUUUCAAAGCCAAGAAUCCAAAAUCAGUUUCACACUCAACCAAGUCCCAAGCCUCAAAUUAGACUUUCCAGCAGCACCUCACUUGGAAAUGCUGGCAGUAACAGGAACAGAAAAUCAACCGUAUGGGAUUUUUUAAAAUUGGGUUUGGUCCGUACACCAGAAAUUGAAUUGCAAGAUCUCAAGGUUCGUACACCCGUUAGUAGAAACAGCAGUUCAAGUAGUUCUAACAGCAACUCCAGCGUCAGGAUUAGUAGUAACAAUAGAGGUCGAAUUAGUAACAGCAGCAGCAGCCAAGGAGAGAACACGGAGAAACAGAGAAAACAGAGUUUGUUGGAAAAAAGAUCAGGAGGGUUAUUAAGUGGGUGUAGUUGUACAGUUAAUGCAGUGAAACCAGUUCCAUUGAGCAUAAUCAUCAUUAAAAGAAGGAAUAGUACGGAAAAUAGCAAUAACGACAAAAGCAAAGAAAAAGAGAUAGCAGAGGAUAUGCUACAAGAAUCGAAGAUAAAGAACAAGAACAAGAAGAAAAUGGUGGAAAAGCAGCAACAGCAGCAUCAGAAGAAGCAGGGAAAGCAAGCAAUGUCACGUCAUCGAACGUUUGAGUGGAUAAAGAAGCUUUCAAAUGCAAGCUUUCUUGUUGAUCAUGAGGAGGAGGGCCUAGACUUGUGA